AUGCAGCAUCACCGUUGGGAGCUGUCUCCUAUGGGAAGCAUCCCUCACCAGGUGCUCGCCAUCCUUCUAGGUUCCCUACCCAAAGUGCCAGAUUCAAAGCAGGAAGAAGAGGCAUUGGGACGCCAGUACACCACGCACGACGACAGAUUGUCUGACGAUGGAGACGAUGACGAUGAGACGAGCAGAAGCACCCACGAUAUCGCAAAUGAACCAAGUAAAGGACACAAAGGAUCUGGAGACGACUCUGACGCUCAGAGGGCUUGGAACGUGCCUGAUGACGAGUGGGAGUGGUCGGACGAAGAGUCAGCUUCUUCUUCUACACACGCUAAAGCAUCGCGGACAACCGUUGCAGCUGCCAGGUCACGACACGGCAAUACAUUGGUUGUACCUUCCAAAGGUCCAACAGGGUUGGGCCUCUCGACAUCGGGAUCGGACCAACACGGCAGUACGGGGUCUCGAUCCUCCAAUACAUCAUCUAGAUCUUCAUCUGCCGGUGCCUCAGGAACGAAAAGAACAUCUGUACCCGUCACAUCGGCUUCAAAACCUAUGGAGAGUAAGACUGUCUCGCAUCCACUGAGUGUUGCCCAGGAUCUCAGUAUAUCUAUCUGCGACAGCGGCCAUUACAUGGCAUGUGCCAGCAAGAAGAUGUUUGCUAUCCUCCAGCGGCAGCCAUCACCAGUCGCAUCACGAUCGCCGACACCAAAUCAACCUCAGGAACGCGGUUCCCCUUACAGUAAUCAAGAAUGGGUUCUUAUCGGUCAAGGAUCAGGACUUGAUAGCUCUCUCGACGCUAUCACGACAGUGCUGUGCUUACCACUCUACGUCCCGCGGUCAAAUCGAAGUCAGGUGUAUGUCGUGCUAGGCUACAAGUCUGGAAUGAUACGAAUCUUCAACGAGAUUGGCCAACUUGUUGUCGUCCAGCAGCUCCAUCACACCCCGGUCGUGUCCAUCAAGGCCAGGGUUGGCGCAGGAAGAGUUCCUGGUAGUGACGAAGACGAGAUGACCAUCUUGCACGAAGGAGGAAAGGUGGUCUGUAUCGAAGGAGAGAGUCUCUGGGUCGUUUUGCGACUCUCCAACGGGUCAAGUCGCGUCGCAGACGCUAAUUCGAUCCAGGCAACGCAAACAACAACAUUCGCUUACCAGAAAUGGAGUCUUCAGAACCAAGAUCUUAUGGUGGACGUUGUCAGCUGUGGCCCAGCAAGGCACAAACCGACACUUUCGAAUGGCUUUUCUUCAUCAUCCAGUUCGUCAAUGUAUACGUCCCAGGCAACAGAGCGGUUUCUUUCAGUAGGAUCAAAGCCUAUGAUGGCCUUCUAUGCAUCAUCCAGCGCUAGUCGGCCUCUGUUCUCGGCCACCUCACUGGCAACCCAGAUGGCAGUAAGGGUUACUAGUGCAGUGUUUGGAUUUGCAAAGUCAAUAUGGGGUUCAUCACCCAGGUCAGGUUCGCCAGCAUUUGGUGGUGCAAACGGCAGGACAAGUCCAGAUUCAAAGAGGUUGUCUGGCCAAGGCAUUCAGGAGGGGACGGCCGGUCCAUACGGAACUAUCUAUCCUUCAGCCAUGGCCCCUGCGACAGAGGUGCCCGCGGUUCUUUGGUUGAACGACUCUCAGCGAUGCAUUCGGCAUGUCUCCUUGGCACCCCCACCUCCUCGGGGCACGUGCUAUCACUCGCCGUCAAAACUGGCUGCCAUGACGGACUCACUGGGACGCGUGCUCCUGGUCGAUUUAGAAGAGUGUGAGAUCAUCCGGAUGUGGAAGGGUCUCCGAGGCGCAAGAUGCGGAUGGCUUCAGGAGGAGAGGAUUGUCAAAAUAGGACGAGGAAUGGGCGAUUCUGGAGACACUGCAGGUCCUACGAAACGGCAUCUGGUUCUCUACCUAGUGAUAUAUGCGCCUAAGCGAGGAACUGUCGAGAUUUACCCAGCACGGCAAGGAAAGCGGGCGGGACUGCUUCAAAUCGGACUGGGCUGGAAGGUCUGUACUACAUUCACAACCCCAAUUGGCAAGCCUGCAGUAUUGGACCGUAUCAAGGGAGCGCCUUCGGGAUCUGGUGCACGCGAUUCGUUGGGGGCUAUGCCAAGUAUCCCGGCUUCACAACACGAUCUGGCUCAGUGUUUCUUGGUUGGACCUACAGGAGAAGUCAAGCGCGUAGGUUCGCGAUCGGCAGACUCGUCUGCCUCCAACACCGCUUCUACCUCUGUCCAAAACUCGUUGACAGUAUCACCUGUGAUCCCGUCUUCAAGCGUCAAAACCGGUACCUUUGCUAGCAAAGCUGAAGAAGUGGGGUCUCCAUAG